GGUGCUCGCAUGCGAUGUGUGGAAUGUGUUUGAGGGUUGUAGUGUUCCUAGUUUUCAUCUGCUGCAGUGUGAUGAACAGGGUGGUCUUAUGUGUUUGAGUUCUUAAAUUGCGGGCUAAGUGAGAGUUGAACGCUGAAUGUGUUUCCUUGAUUAGUUUGCUUAUGUGUCCAAACGAUUGAUUUUCCCACUUUUACAACAUGGGGUAUUUGCAUUGAAGAUUAAUGUGAUUCCACGUGCCAUGUUCUGACGGUCAGAACUACACCACUCUGAAAUGGCCUUACUAUACCGGCGAAACUUCAAGUGGCUUCUGCUCAUAGUGUCAGUGUGGGGCGUUGGUGUCAUUUGCUACCUUCGGAGUACAUCAUCAUCACCUCAGGAGCCGCUGACGCCGAACCGCGCGUUGCGCCUGAAGCAGCCGGAGCCGGAGCUGGAGCCGGAGCGGGAGCCGGAGCCGAACCCGGAGCGGGAGCGGGAGCCGGAGUCGGAGCCGGCCGCCUCGCUGCCGCGGCCCGGUGUGGCGCUGGGUGCCGCCGACACCGUGUUUGACGAGCGAGCCUACACGGCUCGCGGCGCGCUACAGCCCGGCGAUGACGCCUACUUCCGCAACAAGUUCAAUCAGCGCAUCAGCGACAGUCUGGCUAGCAACCGGCACGUGCCGGACACUAGGAGCGCUGC